CAUACACACUACUCUGGCAGUGGAGAAACGCGUAGGUGGCUAGAUAGAACCAAUACACGAAAUGGAUAAAAUGAUUUGCAAGAAAUGAAAGGGUUCUCCUAUAUAGAUACGUUGUCAGGUAUUGUUGAGGAGAGGAGCUCAGUGAUGAUGGAGACCGCAGCCCUGGUAGCGCCUGUCACUGCUCUGGAGUUCCUAAGGGAGGAGUACCUGCUGACAGGUGAGGGUCCGAUCCUGACAGUUUACUGCCUCCAACCACAGCCCAAAGCCUACCUGAGCUUGCUCCACAACUACCGCAUCCAUGGGAUCCGUCCCAAACCACAGCCAAGAGACGGACGGACCUGUGAACCAGAGGAUGAUGUGGUAGUGUUUGGAGGGAAGGUUGUGCGCCUGCUGAGUGCUAGAAGGUAGAGGCUGGAGCCACUGGGCCCCCUCAUGGAGCUGCAGGACUGGGCCCUGGAUGUCCACUUGGUCUCUGGAGAGGAAGAGCCCCUCCUCAGUGUGGCCCUGGCCCACAAUGCUACUCUGUUGCUGGACCCUGUGGAGGGCCGCAUCUUGGUCCUCUGCUCUUGCCAGGAGGGGUGUUUGCUGUACUCCACCCUGCUCCUUGGUGGGACCUGGGAGGACUCUGUCCUGGUGGGGGAGACAGUGUUCAACCAGCUGGUGCUCUGGAGGCCAGGAGGGGCACAGCCAGACAGGAAGGCCCCAGUGGAAAGGUGUCUGCCAGGUCAUAGUGGUGUCUUCUUCAGCCUCUGUUACCGCCGGGACUGGCUGGCCUCCGCCUCUAAUGACCUCAGUGUGAGGUUCAGGGGGCUGGGGGACCUGGGGGACCUGGGGGGUGCUGGAGGGGAUAUGACCCCAGCCCGAUGUGUGUACAGCACUGGGGAGGAUGGGGUUUCUGUUGUGGGACUGGGGAGGUGGGGGAGGGUGGGCCAGACACUGAAUGGACACCGGGCUCGGGGAGUGAGGGUGGUCAGUGAGGGAGGGGAGGGCCAGGGCAUGUGGGUGGCCACCGGGGGGCGGCAGAUCGAGGAGUCCAGCUAUGGCAGGUGGGGGCCUGGUGCAGGGGUGUUGUUGAGGGCAGGGCCAGGAAAGGUCCACAGUGUGCUGUGGGUGGGGCAGGCAGAGGGACAGGGGAUACCUGCAGAGAGGCUGGCCCUCCAGCCUGUGAGCUCUCUGUUUGGGGUGCACGGGAAGCAGGGGGUGAUGUGGGUGUGUGAGCAUCGCGGGCAGCUGUACAGCGCAGGUAGAGAUAGCUGUGUAGUCCUCUGGGUCGGACCAGAGAGCCUUGAGGUUCUGAGGGUCCAUCGGGCAUGCAGGGGGAUGGAGUGGCUGGAGAGAGUUCUGCUUCUGGAACCCCAGGACUCUAAAGAGGACCUGAGGGUCCAGGAACUAGAAGGGACUGGGUCUGGUAAAGAGGCCCACUUUGUGAUCAUGGUCUUCCACUCGGUCCACCUUGUGGUGUGGGACCCUGUGAGGCAGGAAAGGCUGCUUUCAGUGCCCUGUGGAGGAGGCCAUCGGUCCUGGAGCGACUGCCCCCACCAGGAUGGCCUCUCAGUGGGCCAGGGGAUCCUGGUGUUCAUCAAGCAGGGGGUGGUCCUGGCCUCUCAACCCUCUGGGGAGGUAUUCAGCUUGAGAGAUGGGCUGCAUGGCAGGUGAGUGGGCUGUGUGUGUCGCUUGGGGGUGGUGGAGGCUGGAGAGGGCUGCUGGGAGGUGCUGGUGACCGGAGGAGAGGACACCAGCUUGACCGUCCUGGCGGUCCGACUGCAGACCGGUACUGCCAGAGUGCUGUCGUUCCUCACCGACCACAUCUCUAAUGUUCGGACACUGACAGCAGUCUAACGAUUGGGGAAGGACUGACCGAUGAACAGACAGCAACACAGUGCCUCUCUGCACUGUUUGUAUAUGCGGGCUCAGAUGCAGUGCUUCCGGCUGCUGAUUGUAGGAAAUGGAGAGUCGUGUCAGGUGAUACAGGUGGCCAGCCACCGAUUGGACGAUCAGUGGGAGAGAAAGCAGAACUGACACAAGACGAAAAUGGACCCAGAAACGAGGUGUGUUCCUCUUCAGUGCAGCCACAGAUGGAAGGAUAGCAGUAUGGGAUAUGAUCACCGUGGCCAACUUGGAGGACAAGCCCCCUACUGCGGCCCUAGCCCUACCCAGCCCCUGUCUAACAGUCCCCGCUCACUAGAGCGUAGUCAACACCCUUGCCGUAUGGGAGGAAGGCCUGGGGGGGACAUACAGACAACCCGGACAACAUUAGCCAGUCGAGAUGACGGACAGCUGUCAUUGGCACUCAUCAGGGUGCAGUACCAGGGGGAGGAGGUAGAGGGCAGCAGAGUGUCUACAGCUCCAGUCUCAGUGGUCAGUGGCUUUAGCUCACACUCCCCCUCUGACCGCCCUAAGGAUGCUGAGCCCAGGCCUGCUGAUGUCCACCUCCCCUGA